AUGCCUGACAUCCAAGAGCGACUCUCCGACUGCCUUCGCAUGCCUCAGGCUGGGCCGACGCUGCACGCCCAAGUCUUUCUCUGCUUCAGAGUUCUGCUUCUCCGUAUGUCUGCCCACCACGUCACGUCCCUCUGGCCCGUAGUCAUUUCUGAACUUGUUCAAGCCAUGAUGCACAUGGAGCACCAACUCGCUGGCGACCGGGACAACUGUCUCAACAACUCUCAAUUGCGUCUCUUGUCCGGACUGGACGCAGCCUGGGCUCUGGACGACGGCCUCUCCCCUUCGUCUGGCCAACCCGCCUGGCUCUCCCUUCAGCUGGCCGCGUGUAAAUUGCUGGACUUGAUUUUGGCUGUUCCUGCUUCGACGCUGCCCCAAUUUAAAAUGUAUCGAUGCUGGGCUUUUGUCGCUGCCUUUGAGAACAAUCACCUGGGUCCCGGCCAGCAGGGUCCUGACUUUGUGCCACACGUCGUCCGGCUGUCCCGACUUUUAGACAAUCAAGCGCCCGAGUCGAUGCCGUCGAUGGACGCGUGUCCCGGCGAUCCGCUUUUGCGUCAGUCGUCCAUCCAGUCUCUGCACCAGCUGCAGGGCUUUUUCUCUGCCCUGGCGUCGAUUUGGAGAACCUAGAUCGAGGCACACAACUGGUACCCUGUGGCGCUGGAAGAGGCGCUAGAAAUCGACUUUCUCGACCCGCUUCCUUCAAAGUGAGACUCAUUUUAACCGUGUGAUCAAAGAGAUAAAUUAUUUGGACGCAAACAAAGGUUUUACAAAAGGUAUUACGUAUAUAUGAUUUGAAAAUGGUAAAAAUUUUAUUUAUACAGUGGUUUAGUUCGCGUCUCAAACUGAACUAUGUUGUUGUCCAUUUUGGAGUAUUUACGAGGUGCACAAAAUUGAAGAAGCCAUGUUUUCAGUUGAUCAGUUUGCUGUUUUUCAAGUCAUGCAUUAUUUUAAUAGAAGCGGAGAUCUCCAAAUUAUUGUUACUAUGUCACAGAAUAAAAUACUUGUUGUUAUUUUUAACCACAAAUAAAGGAAAAUGAAUGAAAAUUCAAGCCAA